AGACGUCAAUGUCAGUGUCAAAUCAAAAUGAUCAAAGCCAGAAGCCAGAAAUGUAAAUAUUUAUAUUUUACAUUAGUGUUGUAGUUAUUCAAUAAAAUUUAGACCGAAAUUGAAGUCUAAGUUUGCAAUACAUCAUACAUUUGUGAAUAAGUAUAUGAUACAUCACACAUUAUGUCAAGGAGCUAUGUGCCUACUCAUGAACAAAUAGAAAUAUUAGUUGACUUCAUAGAAAGGAAACGCUGGCUCGCCACAGGACACGCCAGAACGACCCAUGCCAGACAGCGCACACGAACUGCCUGGCAAGAUGUAGCUCAAAAGCUGAACAAAGUGGAUUGCGGAUGUCGAAAAACAUGGCAGCAAUGGGCAAAGUAUUGGAAAGACAAAAAGGGAGCUAUAAAAAGAAAAGUGGCACUAAUGAGGGCCAACAAUAAAACACAGACUGGAGAUGACGGAGAAGAAGAAGUGAUCACUCUUUCUUCGAUGGAGAAACGUAUGGUUGCCUUGCUAGGAGGAAAAAUUUUAGUAAGACGAAACAAUGAAGAAGAAAAUGAUCCAUUUGCUAAUUUCAACCUUGGAGAUCAUCAUGAAGGGACCAAGCCUUUUAAUACAACCUUUGUAAAUGAUACGCCGCCAGGUGGGUCUGAUAGAACAGAUUGUGAGCAAAACACACGUAACAGCGAAGAAUUGCGAGACGAGAAACCAUCUUUACGAAGAAAUUCUAUGAGACAUGAUCCUAGUGAUACAUCCAUUCCUCGUCAACGUCGGUUGAUGACACCUCCAUCACCUCACAGACAAUGCCAGAUGGUGGAUUUCAGCGAAAGAAUCAUCGCAAUUGAAGAAAGGCGGGUUGAGACGGAACGAAUCAUAGCCCAGUCUCAGCAAGAAUUAGUGGGUGUGCUCCGACAAAUGAGUGAAGCGUGGACGUUACAAAGUGCGGCAAUAAAAGAUCUAGUUUCUAAAUUAAUUGAUAAAUAAUGUAAAUAUAGGUAUAAAUAAAUGUAUUAUU